AUGAAGAAGAAGAAGAAGAAGAAGAAGAAGAAGAAGAAGAAGAAGAAGAAGAAGAAGAAGAAGAAGAAGAAGAAGAAGAAGAAGAAGAAGAAGAAGAAGAAGAAGAAGAAGAAGAAGAAGAAGAAGAAGAAGAAGAAGAAGAAGAAGAAGAAGAAGAAGAAGAAGAAGAAGAAGAAGAAGAAGAAGAAGAAGAAGAAGAACUCUGCCGUGUUAGCAAACCAUAUUUCCCACAAUCUUCCAAACCCGGAGGAGCCGCUUCUGUCUCUGCUCAGAGCCACAUCUGCACAACACAUCUCUGCCCUUUACCUGCGCCCUCAUCCGGAUCCCCCACAAUCCUCUGGGGCCGGCUCCGGCUCCGCAGUGUCGUCAGGCUCCGAUGGAUCUCAGAAACUUCCUGUUACCUUCAAAACUGACAACUGCUCGCUGACGUAUCCGGUGGGGAAGCAUGUGGUCCACGAGGUGAUGGACGUCUCCUUCUCCCAUCUCUCCUGCGAGGACCAGGCCGCCGUGGUCGUGCACUGGGCCCCAAGUCCGCUCGGCAUCGAGCAGAUAAAAGGGUUCAGGGUUUAUCUGGAGGACAAGAAUCCGGAGAGAAAACAGUGUCAGCAUCUGAUCCUGAAAGAGCCACGGCAACUCAACUACUCACACAAGAGCACGAAGUUGAGCAGCCAGCCGUUCUCCGGGCUGUUCUUCGACACCGACUACAUGAUCCGCGUGGUGCCCUUUCCGUCUCUGAUGAACGAAAGCUUCUUCCCGCCAUCUUUCCUUCGAACCAACUCCUGUGAGGUGCUGCUGGGAGCCGACAGCCUCGUGUGCAAACCCUUCUGGAAGCCCAAGUCCCUGAACGUGUCUCAGUUCGGCUCUAACCUCCACGUGAGCUUCGACCCCGCUCCGUCCACCUUUCACCUGAGCAUGUACCACCUUUUCUACAAACUCCGACAGGACGGGCCCUUUAAGACGCUGCGCUGCAAACCGGAGACGAACCAGCCCAGAACCACAUGCAUCCUCCACAACGUCACUCCAGGAACCUACACCAUAGAGCUCAGAGACGACAACAACACAACCAGGAGACAGACGCAGUUCCACGUCAGUCAAGUCCAUUCUCCGUGGGCCGGGCCGAUCCGAGCCAUGGCCAUAACGGUGCCUCUCGUGGUCCUGUCCGCCUUCGCCACGCUCUUCACAGUGAUGUGCCGCAAGAAACAACAAGAAAACAUUUACAGUCACCUGGACGAGGAGAGCAGCGAAUCGUCCAAUCAGAGUACAGCGGCCCUGAUCUCGGAGCGCCCCUGGCCCCGCCCCAAAGUGUUCCUCUGCUACUCCAACCGGGACUGUCCCAAACACAGCAGCGUGGUGCAGGCCUUCGCUUACUUCCUGCAAGACUUCUGCGGAUGUGAGGUGGUGCUGGAUCUGUGGGAGCAUUUGGACAUGUGCAAAGAAGGACAGAUGUCGUGGUUGAGCCGACAGCUGGACGAAGCAGACUUCAUCAUCACCAUCUGCUCCAAAGGACUCCGUUACUUCGUGGAGAGGAAAAGUCGCCGCGGGAAGACACCGGUCGGACGCCGCGGCAACAGCAGCAAAGAUGGCGGGUCGGCCGGCGGCAGCGAACAUCCCGCCUCUAAGGACAGCGGACCGACCGGCAGCAAUGGGAGCGACUUCUUCCUGGUUGCCGUGGCGAUGAUCGCGGAGCAGCUGCGAUUGGCCAAACAGAGCGACAAGGAGCUGAGUCGCUUCAUGGCGGUUUACUUUGACUAUUCCACAGAGAACGACAUCCCCACCGCGCUCAGUCUGGCUCCAAGGCUGAAGCUGAUGGACCAGUUGCCGCAGCUCUUCUCCCGUCUGCACUCUUCUCAGUCCUCGCUGUGGGACGGAGCGCCCUCUAACGUCUCGCGCCGGAACUACUUCAGGAGCAAGUCUGGCCGCUCGCUCUACGUCUCCAUCUGCAACAUGCACCAGUUCAUCUCCCAGAGCCCAGACUGGUUUGACCAACAGCUGCACCCUCAGACCGCCCCCCCGGCCCCCUGUGAGGCCACCGUGUCGCCCUUACGCCUGAACGAGGUCGCCGUGAAGACCCUGGACUCGGUGCCCAACAGGAACCUGGUCUUGUUGGCGGCAGGAUCCGGAGCGGGGUCAGUCACCAGCUCCAGUCUGAGUCCGAGUUAUAGUCCUGGUUAUGAGCCUCGCUGUUCCCAGUCCCUGCCACGAGAGUCCUCCUCCUCCUCCAGGUGCAGCAGCUCGCUCUCCGCCCCCUCCUCUUCCUCCUCCUCCUCUUCCUCUACCGCUCUCUCAUCCGUGAACGUCCCGUGUGUGAAAGCUCCUCCCCCCGUGGAGCAGCUCAGACCGGUCCAGCUCCAGGACCAGGACCAGGGGAGUGUCGUGGAGCCCCCUGAGCCUCCCCCGCGGGACUCUGGGAUCUACGAGUCGUCCGUGCCGUCGUCGGAGCUCUCCAUCCCCCUCAUGGACGGGCUGUCACAUGACCACGUAGACUCCUCCUCAUUGGCCGACAGCGAGUCCUCCUCCUCUGGACUCGGUACGGACGUUAUUUGUUGA